AUGAAAGCUUUACGUAACCUCCUUAAUAAAGACUACGAAGACUUUCUGCAGCAAAAACAUGAUUAAAAUAAUCCGAACAAGCUGGUAACUAAAAGAACUGUGGCCACUAGGGAAUCAGGGAGACCCGUUGGAUCUAGAAUGUACCAAAGAAUUUCAAAACCUGAAUCAGCAAGUUAAAGUAUGGGAAAUCUAUUUGGAAAUGGGAAAGGUAGCUUAUUCACAAAUUCAAAACAUUCCCUUUAAUAGGAGGCAAGUCCAUAACUAACUGAAUAAUAAGAAAAAUUUUUGGUUAAACAAUAUUGGAGAUCUUUACUUCGCUGGCAAGGAUUUGAUGAUUAUCUGUUCUUGAGAGAUCCAUUGAAUAUAAAACAUAUAAAAGGAAGGGAUAUUUUAACAAAGAAUGAUGUAGUUGAAGAAUUGAAUUCAUAAAAUAUGCAUAUGCAAGUUAUGUAUCAAUCAGACAGCGGAAUGCAAGAAUAUAAGGAUUAACAUAGAAGAUUGCAGAUGCAAUAAUUAUAGAAAUUAUAUCAACCUGGAGAAGCUAAUUAUUAGAAAUUUAAUCCAGACAAAUAUAAGUAGACAUUUUUCGGCGGAAGAGAUGCAGCUAAAUUAUAAUAGAUAGUUUUUGAGAAUCCAAAGUUUGUAGAGUUUAUCGAAAAGAUACAAAAGUUAUUAUAGAUUAUGAAUGAGAAGAUGGUCGUCGAGGAAGUCAAUUAGAUUUCACCUAUCGGAGAGAGGAUGAUUAGAUUGUUAUGGAAAAUAGGAUGCUUGAACAUGUUUUUAGUUGGUUAUUACAUUCAUAAUAUGAUAUUGGAGAUAUAUGGCAAGGAGAAAUUGGCAUAUUCAAAUUGGAAAAAGGUAUUGAGAAUUUGUAAUAUGCAAGGGAAUCACUGUCAUAAAUAUAAACUAAUAGCAUAUAAGCACAUAUCAAAGAUUUGUAUUAAGCUUUAGUAGUAUGACAAAAGUUUAAUUUACCUCAAGAAAAUGCUGAAAUUGUCAUGGAUAGUUAAUGACACUAACUAUGAGAUCUUUACUUAUGAUAAAAUUUCAUUGUGCUAUUAUUACAAAUAGGAUAUGAAUAAAGCCAUCUAUUAUCACGAGAAGUUUGCAUAAGGGGAAUACGAAGAACCAGGAAAAGGCAUGAGAAAUGUAGGGGAGGCAGCAUAUUUAUUAGAUGCCAAAACUAAAGAAGGAUUUAUUGAUCAGAACUCUUAUUCUGAAGAUGAAUAUGAUUUAGAUGUAUUGUUACAGAAUGGUAAUCUUAAUAAGUGGGAAACUGAGAACAAGAGGAAGGAUCUCAAAAUAUUGGUCAAGAAAAUACCUAUAGAAUAUAAGAAAGGACAUAGUUUUGGCAAAAUUCAUAGGCCAACCAAUACAGUCAUUGAUUUUAGGCAUGCUAUGUUAAUACUUCAUCAAUUUUAAAAUAAAUAAUCUGUUCCUUUAGGACCUAUUUAUCAGAAAGAAGCACAAGAAUAGUAAGAGUCGACUGCUAAAAAGUUUAAAAAGAAAGACUAAACUCAAUCUUGUCAAUAUUUAUUUAAUCAAAAGAGCACAAAUAGAGUUGCAUCCAACUUUUUAUUACAAGAGGAAAUUAAAGAUUAAACUACAGGAGACACUUUGUGUUUUAAACCAUCUGAAAAUGUAUACUAUAUCAAAAAAAUGAUCAGAGUCUUUUAAUAUGAUCUUAAGUAUUUAUUAUAGAAACAAUCUCUUUUUAAAAACUCAACUGAUUGUAUAUGAUAAUAAUUAUAUGUUAAUUUAUUUAUAUAUUAAUAAUUACACCUAAAGUUUCAUAUGAAAACAAUAUCUAGUAUAAGAAGCUAAGUUUAGAAGUAAUGAAAGACAAUCUUUUACUAAAUAAGUAAGCUAAUAAUCAGAGAUUCAACAAAAUAAUAAAUCAUCCUACUUAAUAUUUUUACAUGAGCUAAAAUUCUUAAUCUAAUAAGCUUUAGAAAUAUUAUAACUACAUUGCACAUACUAAACUAAAAUACUUUAUAACAUUUCAAUUCUUCAUAAAUAAAGGGCAUGUAAUUUAGUUAUAAUGUUUUUUAUAGAUGGGAAGGUUGAUUAGUUAAUUAAAGAGUUUUCAUUAGUUUUGAUUAAAUUUAUGCAAUUACAGAUACACAAUAAUUAAAAAAAAAUAAGACUAUUACAAGGAGUUAUAAAAGUGUAUUAUGGACAGUUGUUUGAAAAAAAACCUGGCUUAUUACCUUAUUGGAAAUUGACAUUUAAGAAUAAUCUAAAAAGAUUAAAAUAUAAUAGAAUGAAAAUAUAUCAAAUGAAUGUUGACCAAAAUUUUGGAUUAAUCUUUUAUAAUCAGUUUCUUCUCUAGAUUAAAUUUUUAAUUUAAAGGCAUUAUCUUUACAGAUUAAGCAGUUGCAUAGUAAAAGCUAAAAAAUAAUCAUAUUUAUUAGUAUUAAAUCCAAAAUCUAAUUGGCAAGUAGAAAGUUGGGUCAAUACUGACUAAAGUUUAAUUUAAAUUUAAAGCAAUAAAAAAACUAUAUUGAAAAUUAAAAAAUGA